AAUAUAUAUUUUAGAGUCGGUUCAUUCCGGUUCAAAGACCAACCUGACUAGUGACGAGCUCCAGCCUGCGGAGGACUCUUCUCACACUUGCACAGAGAGAGAGAGAGAGAGAGAGAGAGAGAAGAUGAUCGGAGUAGGGAAGAUCAAGCAGUAUUCAAAUGUCCUCGACAAACCCCUCAGCAAGGGCAAACAAGAGGUUAGUUUGAGUGCCUUUGCGUUUUUGUUUUCGGAGCUUGUUCAGUACAAUCAGACACAGGUCGACAACAUUGCUGAAUUAGAAAGAAGACUAGAGGAUGCCGGCUAUGCUGUUGGUGCACGAGUUCUUGAGCUUCUUUGCCAUAGGGAGAAGGGAAACAGAAGGGAGACACGGUUAUUGGGUAUUCUAUCUUUUGUUCAUAGCACAGUAUGGAAGGUGUUAUUUGGAAAGGUAGCGGACUCACUUGAGAAAGGCACCGAACAUGAAGAUGAAUACAUGAUCAGUGAGAAGGAGCUUCUUGUGAAUAGAUUUAUUUCAAUUCCAAAAGACAUGGGGACAUUCAAUUGUGGCGCAUUUGUUGCUGGAAUAGUAAGGGGUGUUCUGGAUAGUGCAGGUUUUCCAGCUGUAGUGACAGCUCAUUUUGUACCCAUCGAGGGUCAGCAACGGCCUCGGACUACCAUUUUGAUUAAAUUUGCUGAAGAGGUGCUACGAAGAGAAGCAAGGUUAGGUUGACAGUUGCACGAGGCAUCUCAUGCAAUUUUUUGGUUAACAUUCUGCAACAAUACGGUGAAGGGUUGUAAAAUUUUUAGCUGGUUUACCAAACCGGUCCAGACUCUCGUGUGACUAAAGUCAUUUAAAGGGCAAACUGAUCAAGAUCUUGGGGUCUGGCUUCUAUUUUGUAGCAAUCUUCAACGAGUGGCCCCCUUCUAUUGUAAAAUUAUCAUCUUUUCCAAGGUCGCUAGUGAUCUCAAUGUUACCAUUUUACAGCUUACUGGUGAUUAUACAGAGUUGAAUGUGUUGCUUAAUUGGAUAAUUUGAUACCUGAUUUGUUUUAAUUUUUUCCUGAAUUUUUAUUGAGAGAGCAUUUAUGAUUCUAUGUUA